UAUUUUCUUUGGAUUGUUUUUUUUUUUUUUAUGAUAUGUGAACCUCAACAGCCGGUAAAUCGAAAUACAUGAAUAAAUUUAAGAUUUAAACGAAAAAGAUCGCUAGAUAAAGCAGUAACAUUACGAGAAACAUGAUAGGCCAAAAUAGCCCUGACGAAAAAAAACCGGGAACAUUAAUAUAACAUGACUUGCUCUCCGUGACCACGAUCGACAUUCAUCUGAUUUGAAUAAAGACAAAAGCUCAAAGAGAUAAUCUGCUCGCUUGACUGAAUUAUUGGUUCGAGCAGCUUGAGAACUAUGAAGCCUUGAAGUCAGUCGACGAAUUCACCAUUUCAACCUUAAAUUGGAUGGAAAUUUGACUCGAUCAUGACGGAUGUGAAUCUAAAAACGGAGAUCAAGUUGAACAACCUUCGAGAUCUCGUUUUACGACUCGAGAGCUCCCAGAAAAACCCAAUUCGUGAUGACAAUGUUCUACUGGCUCCAGUCUGCGAUGUUCUGGAGAAAGUGCUCCGAAUUGGUUUGAAAAGGUCUGUCUUGGGCUUUGGUUUGAAGAAAUGGGAUUACUGGUGUUGGAUAGAGGCACUGUCCAGAUCGCUCCAACAUGACAGGCAAGCAUUGGCUCUCUUACAUGCCAUAACGUUUACAAAAUCAUCCAAAAAGGUAACAUCGUAUCAAGGAUUUGGACGCCUAUUCAUUCGCCUCGCUUUGAUGAAGAGGUUGAUGGGCUACGUAAUGCAGACUUUACAGAAAAACAAGAAGCUUCUAAAGAGCUGGUACAAUGACUCGUCAGUAUUUUGCGAUAAAGUUCACACCGAAAUCCUUAAGCAAAUACUCGACGAUCUGGAUAAACAUGUUUUUGAACUGAAUCUCAAGAAUGCAAGCUUUUUGGAGGAAACUUGGAUCAUACCUGAGAUCAAAGAAUCCUGCAUUGUCCCGUGCAAAGAGCUUGGUCUAAUUGUCAGAGACGUCAAUGACCGAGUAAUCGUUGCGCAAGUGAAGCCGAAUGGCGCAGCUGGAGAUGCUGGAAUAGAGUACGGCGACACGAUAGACGAAUUACUUGGAAAGCCGCUACUUAAAAUCAAAAACUGUGCCAAGGUCAUUGAACUUCUCAAACAAAAUGUAGGGAAACCAGUCAGCUGUACGGUUGUCAAGCCCAAGCUGUCCAACGGUGCCUUUUUCCCGCCAUCUGCUGAAAGACUUAAAGUGAUCCAAGAAGAUCCCUACAUUGAGAAGAAUGACAACCAAUAUGCACCUCAGCAACUGGCUGGUUAUGACGAAACUGCAGUGCACGCUUCAGACACAGUUGCGUCAUAUUCAGCUCUUUAUUAUGGCCGAUGGGAAACUGGUGAGGAUGGAAGCGUUGGAGUCAUCGAGGAUGGAAUAAACUGUGUUUUAAAACAAGCAAACCAACCACGUGCUGUUGAAUUAAACUUGACUGAGACAGAUUUGACGGUAGUCGACAAGGAAACAUCAAAGAUUCUUUCUGUCCAUUCAUUCACUGAGACAUCAGCUUGUGGCCGUAAGAACGACAUGAAGGACAUCGUUGCAUUUGUAUCAGGAGAGACGAGUUGUGCUUUAGCCAAGAAGUUCCACUGUUAUGUUUUCAAAGUGAAAGACCAAGAUAUUGCAAGGGUCAUCCUGUACAGCAUCGCUGAUGGAUUUUGUCGAACGGUGUGGUUUGUUUGAUGCAUGACAUACUCCUACAGUCGAUUUUCUACCGACUUCUUUUUUCGGGAAUUGAAAUGGCUUCUCUAUAAUAGCGUAUUUUCUUGAAGGGAAAAAAGUCAAUUGUGACCCAGCACCACUAUCAAUUACUGCCAUUAGUACAAAUUCUAAUACACUAAGUACAGAACAGUCUUAAAUCAAUUUAAUGAUAUUGAAUUAAUUUAUCAUACAUUUUGUAUAUAGUUAAACAUGUGAUAAUUAUUUAUAGGGGUAUUUCAUUUGAUGUAUUAUAAUUUAAAUAGUUUUUUUUUCUAUAAUUUUUCUACAUUAAACACUGCUUUUGACCUUGUU